CGCCUUCUACAUUAGCAAAUAAACAUUCCGUCUGCCAUAUUCAUUUCGGGCGUAGUCAAGUUGAUUUGCGAGCAGCAAGUUGUUAAAUUGUUUACAAAUUUAGAAAAAAAUGGUACAAUUUUAAUUGAUUUCGAUAGGGAUAUUGCAGGAAGUGAUAGUUUUGUAUGAGUAGAGUGUUUUUAGCGGAAAGUUAUGGCGAUUUUGUGGCGCUGUUGCGCCCUGUUGGCGUUUCUAAUUGUAGUGGGUGUGUUGGCCCAGUACGAGUGGCAGCCGCGGGAUGCAUUCGACGAGGUUAAAGUAAAAUUCGACCGGGCUACUGCCGAUAAUUGCCCCAUUCUACAUGUCUCGGAUUUGUUCCUGCCCGAUGACACCGUUUCGCACUUGCCGGACAUUAAGGAAUUCGACCAGAAUUCAAUCUUCCCGAACAGGACGGCACUGCUGCUGCUGCACAACAUGGCGCUGACUCGGGGUUUCUUCUGGAGCUAUAUUUUGCAGAGUCGAUUCAUUAGACCUGCCAUUAAUGACACGUAUGAUCCGGGUAUGAUGUACUAUUUUCUUUCCACGGUUGCGGAUGUGUCCGCGAAUCCAUCGAUCAACGCUUCGGCGGUAUAUUUCUCGCCCAAUACUUCGUUCUCCUCGUCGUAUCGGGGCUUCUUCAAUAAAACCUUCCCCCGAUUCGCACCACGAACAUUCCGGCUGGACGAUUUCAACGAUCCCAUCCAUCUGCACAAAAUAUCCACCAUGAAUACGUUCGAUGUGCGCGAUUUGGGUGCCUUCUCGCCGGAUUCCAUUUCGCACGAUUACACCACCGAUUUCUACAAGAUCAACGAGUGGUACAAGACCUGGCUGCCGGAUUACGUUACGAAACGGCACGACACCAAGACGACCUACCAGGUGGAGAUACGCUAUGCGAACAACACGAAUGUGACGUUCACCUUCCACGGUCCGCCCGGGGCAGACGAAGAUCCCGGUCCGGUGAAGUUCACCCGGCCCUACUUCGAUUGCGGACGGUCGAACAAGUGGCUGGUGGCGGCGGUGGUACCGAUAGCGGAUAUCUAUCCGCGUCAUACGCAGUUCCGGCACAUUGAGUAUCCGAGAUACACCGGCGUGUCCGUGAUCGAGAUGGACUUCGAGCGUAUCGACAUCAAUCAGUGCCCGAAGGGGGAGGGUAACAAGGGUAAGAACAAAUUCGCGGACACUGCUCGCUGCAAGAAGGAAACGACCGAGUGCGAGCCCCUGGAUGGGUGGGGUUUCCGUCGGGGAGGUUACCAGUGUCGUUGUCGACCCGGCUUUAGAUUGCCCUCGGUCGUACGGAGGCCCUACUUGGGGGAGAUUCUGGAGCGGGCGUCCGACGAGCAGUACUACAAUGGGUUCGAUUGUAAGAAGAUCGGCUGGAUUCAGAAGAUUCCGAUCGAGUGGUACCGGCUGCCGGAGUAUACGCGGGAAAAGUAUCUCAGUCAUUACUAUGAGCACAAGAACUACACCAAGGGACCGGUGUCGUUGCACACGGAAAAAAUGAACGUGAACGAGGUGUUGAACUUUAUCUUUGGAGUCACCGAGAACACCUGCAAAGAUUUCCACCCGCAGGAUCUGGUUCUCAAUGGGGACAUCGGCUAUAAGGCGGACAAACAUUUCUUGAACGAAGCCAAAAUGGCCCUGCGAUUGGCGAACUUCAUUAGUGCCUUCCUGCAGGUUUCCGAUCCGCUGGAAGUGUACUCUGGCAAGCGAGUAGCCGACAAACCACUGACCGAGGAUCAAAUGAUGGGCGAAACCGUCGCUUUGGUGAUGGGCAAUUCGAGGAUUUGGUCCGCCGCCACUUAUUGGGACCGCAAUAAGUUCCCCAAUCGCACCCUGUUUGGCCCGUACGCUUACAAGACUCAGAAGAACUCGAGAAAGUUCAAAUUGGAGGAUUUGGCGCGGUUGAACAAAACCGGUGAGGAUUACACCGAGCUGCCGUAUUACAAAUUGUUGAAGCAGCGAUGGGCUUCCAAUUUUGACUCGUUGGAAAAGUACUACAUGAAGAUUCGACUCCGUCACAAUGAAACGGGGGAGCACUCCCAGAAAUACGAACGCUAUCCGAAUUUCUACCACGCGGCCACAUUGGAUCAUGGUUUCUGGACCGCACCUCAGUUCGAUUGCAAGGGCUACGUGAAGAAGUGGUUGAUAACUUACGCGGCACCCUUCUUCGGCUGGGACAGCUUGAAGGUGAAACUCGAGUUCAAGGGGAUCGUCUCAGUCUCAAUGAAUAUGCUACAGCUGGAUAUCAACCAAUGUCCGGAUGACUAUUUCGUACCGAAUGCAUUCAAAAAUACCCACAAAUGCGACGAGAAGACUUCAUACUGCGUUCCGAUCCAGGGCCGUGAGUUCGAGCUCGGGGGCUACAAAUGCGAGUGCCUGCAGGGUUUCGAGUACCCGUACGAGGACCCGAUCACCUACUUCGACGGGCAGCUGGUGGAGGCUGAAUUCCUCAACAUUGUCAACGACGACCGCAGCCGCUAUGAUACGUUCAAGUGUCGCCUGGCCGGCGCUGCCUCGCUGCGGGUGGAGUUUACCAUUGUCAGCGUCCUGCUGGCCCUCUGCUGGAUGGGUUUCCGCCGGUGGGGCCGAUAGACGUCAUCGGACGACGCCCCCUUCUUCAUUCGUUCAUUUGAAAAUUCUUUUAGAUAUUUUGUCGUUUAGAAAAAGAACGCCAGCUAUCUCAAAUAGCAAUAGUUUAAGUGUGAAGGAAAAGUACACUCAGGCACCAAUGAACAUUCCGUCCGAAACAUUGCAAUAAUCGUAGGUAAUCUAGUAAUCGAAGUAUUUUUUUUAUUUUUUUAACCAAUAUGUGCGAGCAUAUCAUUGCCGAAUGUGGGCAAACCUGAAGCCGUCCAGCGCAGUUUUAAAUUAACGUUAGUUGUUUUAGUUAACAUGUAGAUUGAAUAGUUUAUCGAGGAAGUUGCCUUAAAUAUAUGCAUAUCAUUAUGCAGUGUGCCUUCAGAAACCUUUCUGUUGAAGAGAUCUUUUUUGUACAAGUUGUAAGACUAGUUAAGUAAAUUUAAGGAUCAAGAUAAAUGCUUGAGGACAUUGAAA